AUGUCGGACGCAGACUUGUACGCAUUUUCUGCAGCAAAGAAGUCAAAAAAUGCCCUUAAAGUGGAAGUGUUUCGCGAGUACUGUGCCGGAAGCUCCAUCCAUGGCGUACGUUACUUUGACCGGACAGAACGAACGUCUUGCGAAAGGUUCUGGUGGAUCAUUGUGUUUCUUCUGUCGAUGGCCGGUUGUGGAACGAUGAUUUUCAAGACCUACAUCAAAUGGAACCAGGCUCCAAUUAUAGUUUCCUUUUCUGAGAAAACUACGCCUGUUUGGGAAAUACAGUUUCCAGCCGUCACCAUCUGCCCGGAAACCAAGGUGCAGGCAGCCAAACUAAAUGUAACCGCUGAAAUUAAUGCAUUGUAUGAGAACAGUGAUAAUUGGAAUAUUACUCACAAUGCCGACACUGUGGGUAAGCUCAAGGUUGUCGCUCAGGUGUGUAAUACGAUUGUUCAAGACAAAAAUUACGACCCAUCCCAUUUGAAUGGAACCUAUGAAAAAAACGCAGUAAACAUACUGAGGAAUCUAUCGCUCGAUCGUGACAGAGUUGUCUCAUCGUGUCGCUUCAACGAUGUCCCACGAUCGUGCAAACGAUAUAUGAAGGAGACAGUCACCGAAAAUGGUCUCUGCUACUCAUUCAACAUGUUGCCCGAGGAAGAAAUAUUUCGUAAGAAUGCCUUACACAACGAGCAUACGAAUAUUGAAUAUUUGUGUACGGGUGAGACGCAAGGCUAUAAGCUUAUGCUGCACGAAUCCAGCGAGUAUCCACAAGUUUCCAAACGUCACAUUCGCAUUCCAUUGGGCCACGAGAUGUCCAUUGCCAUGAAGCCUCAGAUGAUGACCACGUCAAAGUCCGCCGCCGAUUACCAUUGGAGCAAACGACAAUGUUUCUUCGACAACGAGCGUCGUCUCAGAUUUUUCCAGAUCUACAACCAGGAAAACUGUGAGCUAGAAUGUCUGGCGAACAUAACACUGGCCGUGUGCGGUUGUGUUCGAUUCUCAAUGCCACGGGCACCCGGUGUAGAUGUAUGUUCCCUUGAGAUGUGGUUCUGUAUGCAUCAAGCACGAGCUUUUUUCAGGGAAAGUUUCAAUCAUUCCGAUGCAUCCCUUCAACACGGAACAAACGAUGGAGGAAAUGUGGCUACGGAGUGCAUCUGCCUUCCGGCCUGCAGCUCAAUACAGUAUGACUUGGAAGUCACGCAGUCCGCGAUGGAUAUGAUAAAAUACUUGGAAGCCAAUCGCAUUUUUGACAAAGAAGCUGAAAGCAUCAUCGUCUCAAAAUUGGAAAUUUACUUCAAAGAAUCGCACUUCAUCACAUCGCGACGGUCGGAGCUGUACGGAAUGGUCGAUUUUCUGGCAAAUUGUGGAGGUCUGCUGGGUCUCUUUAUGGGCGUUAGCAUUCUCAGCCUGCUGGAAAUAUGCUACUACAUUACGAUUCACCCGUUUUCCCUAAAGAAAAAGAGAAAACAAGGUUACGGUUCCGAGGAUAGGAACAGAAACAACAAACUUCCAUCUGUUACAGCAAAGCUUGACUAG